CCCGCCGGUUCCCGUCAAAAGGCGGCACCGGGAAGGUGGGGGGGGGGCGGCGGCGCCGGGAGCGAAGUGACUUUCCAUCCGUUGGAGGUGGGACUGCCUGGAUCAGUGAGUUCCCAGCACAAAGAAGACAAAGGAAUCCAUGGUGUCUGCCCAGGACCUGCUGACGUGACUCCUGAGCUCUGCGGGUCGCCGGGACGCCGGUGUGGGUGGCUCCAUGUCCCAGCUCCAGAGCUCCUGGGACGUGCAGCAGCGGAGCAUGGCGUAUUUUCCAGAUCCAGACAUGGAGCCCGGGGCUGCCAGCACGUCCCUGCCCGACCCCGCCGGCGACGGCGACCGGAACGUGCCGCGGAUCUGCGGCGUCUGCGGGGACAGGGCCACCGGCUUCCACUUCAAUGCCAUGACCUGCGAGGGCUGCAAGGGCUUCUUCAGGAGAAGCAUGAAGAGGAAGGCCAUGUUCACCUGCCCCUUCAACGGGGACUGCAAGAUCACCAAGGACAACCGGCGGCACUGCCAGGCGUGCCGGCUCAAGCGCUGCGUGGACAUCGGCAUGAUGAAGGAGUUCAUCCUGACGGACGAGGAGGUGCAGAGGAAGCGGGAGAUGAUCCUGAAGCGCAAGGAGGAGGAAGCGCUCAAGGAGAGCCUGAAGCCCAAGCUCUCGGAGGAGCAGCAGAGGGUCAUCGACAUCCUGCUCGAGGCCCAUCGCAAAACCUACGACCCCACCUACGCCGACUUCUCCAAGUUCCGGCCCCCCGUGAGAAGCCACCCCAACAACAGGGGGGCAACAAAGUCCUCCUCUCUCCUCACCCAGGAC